CAAGAGCAUACGAGGGCGCAGCUCGCUACUUGAGUUUUACCUAUCUACACAGGCUUCUCCAGCCCGGAAACAGAUGGAGGUCGCAAUACCGUUGCGGGGUUGGAGAGACGGAGCUCCUUGACCGAGUCCAUGGACCAUUGGCCUUAUCCUCCUCUGACAACCCCCUUCAUUGCCAGGGCCAACCUUGUCUCGCGAGUCAUUUCGGAAACCUCGCUUACCUGACUCAUCUGUUUCCGUCCAACAACCCUCUUGAAUCUCACCUCUGUCCCUGCGUGUUACAUUGGUAAGCACGCCUUCGCACACUCACCAAUCUCCAGGCGAGAGCAGUGCGGGGAAGUGGAGCAGGAUGAAUACGCCGGGGCAAGGCUAUACCAUUGCAACAGUCCCCUUGACCCCGGACGAUGGGGAUUACUCCGCAAAAGCGUAUUUAUCCUCGGUUAUGAGGCCCUGCUGGAUGGUUCAGAUAAAUUCAGUGCUCCCAGGGUGGUAUGGACCUAGCCCCCCACACCCUGCCAUUAUAUGCACUGACCUGGACGUAACUCUUCGAACGUUUCAUCCCGGCAUUUCUUUGCUGGCAGAACAGGGACAAUGGCAACAAGCAAUCCGACCACCUCUGAGACGACGGGCGACGCGGGAGUCGAUUACGAUGCCUUGGUCAUUGGCGCUGGGUUUGGCGGCAUCCGGAUGCUGCACGAGUUGGGCAAACGGGGUCUGUCCGCCAAAGCAUUCGAGGCAGGAUCCGGGGUCGGCGGCACAUGGUACUGGAACAGAUACCCGGGGGCCCGAACCGACAGCGAGAGCUGGGUGUACAUUAUCACCUUUCUCGAAGAGUUGGGCCUGGACUGGGACUGGAAGGAGCGCUUCCCCACCCAGCCAGAGGUGGAAGUCUAUCUCAACCGAGUCACAGAUCACCUCGGCCUCCGUAAGAAGAUCGAGUUCAACACAAAAGUCACCGCGGCACAUUGGGAUGAGUCGAAGAACGUGUGGAAAGUCACAACGUCCAAAGGCGACACUUACACUUGCACCUUCUUGAUCACCGCGACAGGCCCUCUCGCCACCCCACUGAAGCCCCCUUUCCCCGGGCUCGAGUCCUUCAAGGGUGAAUGGUACCAGACGGGGCUCUGGCCGAAGCACAAAGUUGACUUUGCGGGCAAACGUGUGGCUGUCGUGGGAACCGGCGCCACUGCCGUCCAGGUCAUUCCUAUUGUCGCGCACAACGCCAAAACCCUCACUGUCUUCCAACGCACGCCGAACUAUGUCCUCCCAGCACGCAACCAUCCACUCACCGAGGACCAGCAGGUCGCGCUGAGACGCGAAUAUGAAGAGGUGGUGAAGCGAGCCAGGGCCCAAUCUUUCGGCAUGGACUUUGUCGACGCCACGCUCAAGUCCACCGACCUGGCGACGGAGGCCGACGUCCACCGAGUGCUGGACUUCGGCUGGGAAAUCGGCGGGUUCCGGUUCAUCUUCGAGACGUUUGCUGACAUGCUGACCAACCCCAAAUGCAAUGACAUGGCGGCCGAGUUCGUCCGCAACAAGAUCCGAUCGAUCGUCAAGGACAAGGAAACCGCCGAGCUGCUCUGUCCGCACUACACCAUCCUGUCGAAGCGGCCUCCUCUCGGCCACUUCUACUACGAGACCUUCAACCGGGACAACGUCGAGCUGGUCGAUGUCAAGGACGACCCAAUCCAGGAGAUCACUCCAACGGGUCUGCGCACCGGCAAGAAGGAGUUUGAGUUUGACAUGAUCAUCUUCGCCGUGGGGUUCGACGCCAUCACGGGGACACUCGCGCAGAUCGAUCUUCGCGGCAGCCAGCACCAGCUGCUGGCGGAGCAAUUGGACAAGGACAUGGCGACCGCGUACGGCAUCACCACCCCGGGCUUCCCGAACCUGUUCAUGGUGUCCGGCCCGCAGGCCCCGUUUGCGAACAUCCCCGUCAUCAUCGACAACACCGUGGACUGGAUCGGCAAGACCCUCUCCUUCAUGCGGUCGAACGGCUACGGCCGCGUGGACACCAAGGAGGACUAUGCGAAGACCUGGAGCGAGCAGGUGGACGCCGCCUUCAACGCCACCGUGCUCCCCGAGGGCGCGAAGGAGACUCGCUCGUGGUACAUCGGGGCGAACCUCGAGGGCAAGACGGUGAGGCCGCUGUUCUGGUUCGGCGGCGUGGCCCCGUACUUCGCUCACUGCGAGAGGGAAAUCACCGAGGGAUAUCCCGGCUUUGAGUUCUCGUCCCCGGAGCAGGCGGGGCGAGCCAGGCUCUGAUGGCACACGCCAAGGAGAAGAAGGCAUAGGCGCUCGUCCGAGAAUCUCUCCUUGCGCAUCAUGGCUGUUCUGCCAACACAGAAUGCGUCAUGCACAGAUUAGAAUGCGCCUGGGUGGCUUCAAGGACGACGCAAGAUGGACUUUGGUGGGAGCGCACACGGCCGUCCAAAGAGUUGGAGGGCACCGACCACGCCACAGAAGAUUUACUGGAGUCCUACUGUACGCAGAGAGGGUUUGGAAAGACCUUGGUCAAUACCGUAAACCGAAGGGACUUGUGCUUUGUAUGUACUUUGCAACGUCAGAGAAUUUCCA